UCACAGCGCGCCGGACGGAAGCCGCGGGGCGGUGUUUCCGCGGCGGCGGCGGCGGCGAUGGCGGGGAAGGCGGCGGCGGCCGAGCCCCUGGGGCGGACGGCGGAAGAGGCGGCCUGGGCAGAGACGCUGCGCGGGUCCUGCGAGCCUGAGCACCACUGGCGGUACCGCCGGGAGUUCCUGCUGCGCAACGUAGGGGAGCUGCCGGCGGCGGGCAGCGCCCAGCUGCAGCGCCUGGUGUCCCUCUCCAUGGUGUGGGCCAACCACGUCUUCCUGGGAUGCCGGUACCCGCCGCAGGUCAUGGAGAAGGCGCUGGAAAUGGCCGAAGGCAUCCAAGUGACCAACGCGCCUGUCCACACCACGAGAGACGAACUGGUUGCCAAGGUGAAGAAAAGAGGCAUAUCAAGUAGCAAUGAAGGGAUAGAGGAGCCCUGCAAGAGACAAGCUGUUGAGAAAAGCAGAGACUCUAAGGAUGCUGGAAAGGAUGUGAAAACAACCAAGGCAGAAGGAGUGAAGGAAACCGAGAGCACCUUGCCCAAAAAGCAGGAAAAAGAUACUAGCAAAGAUCCAGAAACUUCCCAGUCAACUUGCAGUUCAGAUCAAGAAAUGGUCCCAGUCUCAGACAUAGAAACAGAAGGAAAACCUGCUAAUGCUGAAGGUACUGCCGAGCAAAAGCCACCUUCGUCUGAAAAAGAGCUAGGAAAGAAGCCUUGCUCAAGCCCACCGAAGGAAAGCCAGUGUGAAAAUGUGCCAUCACCUGAAAAGAAAACUACAGUAAGCAUAGCACCACCGGCUACUGAGAGCACCCCUCAGCCAGAUGCGGUGGUGGCACCAGCUGCCAAGGGCACCCCACAGGCGGCAACAGUAGCAGCGGCAGUGCCAGCAACCUCCAAGAGCACCCCACAGGCAGCAGCGGUGCCAGCAACCUCCAAGAGCACCCCGCAGCCAGCAGUGGUGGCAGCAGCAGUGCCAGUGACCGCCAAGAGCACCCCACAGCCAGCAGUGGUGGCAGCAGCAGUGCCAGUGACUGCCAAGAGCACCCCACAGCCAGCAGUGGUGGCAGCAGCAGUGCCACCGGCUGCCAAGAGCACCCCACAGCCAGCAGUGGUGGCAGCAGCAGUGCCACUGGCUGCCAAGAGCACCCCACAGCCAGCAGUGGUGGCAGCAGCAGUGCCACCGGCUGCCAAGAGCACCCCACAGGUGCCAGCUGUGCCACCCACCACCAAGAGCACCCCCCAAACAAGUGCUGCAUUGCUGUCUUCCAAAACACAAGUGAAUGUUCCAGCAUCAGUGUCCAAGAGUGGUGCUCAGGUGAGCAGCUCACUGCUUCUAGCCCCCAAGAGUGGUACUCAGGUGGGCACCUCGCUUCUGCUGGCCCCCAAGGGCCCGGCUAAGGUGGGCUCCCCGCUCCUGGCCUCCAAGAGCAGUGCGGAGGUGGCUGCCUCGCUGCUGGCCGCUCGCAGUGGUGCGCAGCCGGGAUCCUCACUGCUCGCUUCCAAGAGCAGCGCUCAGGUGGCGGCUUCGCUGCUGGCUGCUCGGAGCGGGGCUCAGCAAGGGCCCUCCCGGGCUGGAGCUCAGGCAGGCACUUCCCUGCUGGCCUCCAAGAGCGGCUCACAGGCAGGCGAGAGCCCGGCGAAGGCUUUGCGUAAGCCGCUGACCAGCGAAGAUGCAAAGGAAAGACAGCCUUUUUUCAACAGACUCUACAAAGCUGUAGCCUGGAAACUAGUUGCUGUUGGAGGCUUCAGUCCUAAUGUAAAUCAUGCAGAACUCCUAAAUUCAUCUAUUCAGUCUGUAAAAGCUACGUUAGAUGUUGCUUUUGUUCCCCUGAAGGAACUUGCAGACUUGCCUCAAAAUAAGAGCUCUCUAGAAAAUAUAGUUUGUGAACUGAGGUGCAAGUCUGUCUACUUGGGUACUGGCUGUGGUAAAAGUAUGGAAAACGCCAAAGCAGUGGCUUCGAGAGAAGCUUUGAAAUUAUUCCUCAAAAAGAAAGUUAUUGUGAAGAUAUGUAAAAGAAAAUACAAAGGUAGUGAAAUUGAAGAUUUGGUGCUUCUGGAUGAAGAGUCAAAACCUUCAAAUUUGCCUCCAGCUUUAAGAAAUCCUCGUGAGAUCUUGUAGGGUAGAAUCACUGUUUGUACUGUGUAUAGUAUUUCAACACAAGGACUGAAGGUUAAUUUUGUACUUUGAAAAUGUAGGCUUCCAGAUAUUUUGUAUUUCUUUCUCAGUUUUGCAAGACAAUGAUAGUUCUUUCACUCGGUAGCAAUUGUAUAAAACUUGUUAGAGAUGACAAGUGCACAUUUAAAGGUAUUGCCUUAAUAUACAGCACACUAGUGUGCUGUUGUAUUUGCAAAAUAGUCUACCUAACUCUUCUAUUUUUAAUUAAACUAUUAAGGUACAAUUUGCUGUUUAAAACCUGACAUUUUUGUAAUUCUUGCAAUUUGAUGGUAGUGUGCUUAAUUGUCUACCAUAUCUUUUCUAGGCUCGUAGAAAUGUGUACAUAGGGACCAUAAUACUUGAAUAAUUGAAAGUUGUUUAAAAACGUCAAUCAAAAAGUUGAAUUAUCCGUUUCAGGCUUGUUGCUCAUAAUGUUCACUGUUGCUCAUACUAGGAGAAAAAAUAGUUGUUUGACUAUUUUUAUGGGAUGUUUUCGUAGCACUUGCAAUACAAGUGACAUCCUGAUCCCAUUUAACACUGUACUAUCAGUUUAGAGCCCAUUUAAUGUCACAUUGGAAAAUUAGCAAUUAGCAGUCAAGUCACAGCUAUUUCAGCCACCAAAACUGUAAGCAGAUUUAAUUUAUAUGGUGAAGUAUCAUUUACAGUUUUGUUUGGUAUUUUUUUUCCAAAUGAAUAUGGAUUUCUAUACUAAGUAUAUUUUGACUGCUACUAAAACAAUAAAACCUCUGUGAUAAACUUUUAUAGUA